GGUGGAAAAUUAAAUGUAACCCCUCUGACAUUUCGAAAAUUGCGCAGCUGCCCCUAUCCGAAUUUUUUUAGUUUUUACAUUUUGAACGUUUCAAAGAAUUUGGCGUUUAAUAGCGUAUCCCCUCACUCUAUCUUCUCCGAUGACAUCCGUAGCCUUUGUCGGCAUCGACGAUAUAAGGCAACGCGUGUCCUCCCUCAAAUUUUAAUGGCCGAAAGCUACUCAUCAUCAUCGCUUGAUUACUGGAGAAAGUUCUUCAAUUGCGCAAAUGCCGACAUCUUUCAAGUGAUCAAGUAUGCUAUCCUUGUUGCUUCGGCCGAUUGCCCCACUGAGUUCUUAUCAUGGCGCGAUCAGAUAACAGAGAUUCUAUACACUUGCUGGAGAAUUCAGUACUCUAGUGACCGGGCUGAGUUACAGACUCCUGAAGGUGGAGUUGAAGAUGAUGAAGAGAGCGAGGAAACUCAGAAGGAAAGUAAGGAAAGCAAGGGUAGUAGCAGUGAGGAGAAUGAACCAACUAUGAGUAAUGAUCAGAGCAUCAGUGAUAGAGGGCAGUAUUCAAAGCUUGAUGAGUUUGAGGCUCUGACUGAUGAGAUUGAGGAGGAACAGCAGACUGUUGGUGAGGUGUUGAGGAUCAAAGAGGUGCUCACUAACUGGAAAGAAGAGUCUGAGAAAGUUCUAUCUGAGUCACUAAGGCGGCUGCAAUUGAUGGAGCUCUCAGUGGAGACCCUUGGUGCUACAGAUAUUGGAAGGGUUGUCAAUGGUCUGGACAAGCACAAAUCGAAAUCGAUUCAGCAACUUGCUCAGACCCUUGUCAAGGGUUGGAAACUUCUCGCUGAGGAGUGGGUUACUGCUGCUACAGUUUCUCAAGAAUCACGCCCUGUUUCUGUUGAUUCCUCUCCUGCCAUAGAAGAGUCUUUGCUCCCUUCAGAGCUUGAUUUUCCUCCAUUAGAUAUGGGAGCUCUCCUAGCUACACAAACUGCAUCCUUUGAGUUCUCAAAGAUCUUUGACGGAAUGGAUGAAGAUGGAAACAUUACAAGCAAUGGAGACAAAAAGAAUGGAAGAAAACCUCGAGAGAAAAGCAAUAAUUUAACAAAGAAAGACAAUACAGAGAUCAGGAGUCAAGAAAUCCCGGGAGUCCCAAAGCCCACAUAUACAACCCUUAAGGCAUCAAAAUCUAAAGAUAUCCCAAGUCCUCUGAUACCCAAAAGAUCUUCGCCAAAAGAUACCACUUGCAAGAAUAUCGAGCAAAGGCAAAGGACACAUGAACAUUCUAGAGAUAUCAGAAGGCAAGAGACUGGGCCUAGGACUCCGAACCCUAGUGAUGUUGUUUGUAAGACAUCAAAACCCCAGGAUACCUCGAACACUUCAGCGAGAGCCACUGCAAAUAGGAGCACCCAGCAGAGGCAAAAAACUUCUGGGGCUCCAUUAAAACCUUGCCCCUCGAGGAAAGAUGUAUCGAAGGAGACUGAGGAAUUAUCAUAUCGAGCUAAGUUGGAGGUUGCCAAGAGGAAACUUCAAGAUCGGUAUCAAGAAGCAAAGGAUGCAAAGAGGCAGCGGACGAUACAAGUGAUGGAGCUGAAAGAUCUGCCAAGGCAAAGCGCGAAUAAUCAGCAGCCUGUAUUGAAGCGUGGAAACUAUUUCAAUAGAGGUGUUAACAGAAAAUCUUAGAUAAACAUAAUAUCCUGUAAUUUUUGCGUUAAUUCAACCCCAAAGACCGGUUUGGUCAAUUGAGAAAGGAUUAUAUCGAAAAAUAUACCGAAGAAGCCAAAGUUCGCCCAAAGGAGUUUUGCUUCAGUUUUUGAAUUAACAGUUCUCAAAAGUACACCGAAGAGGCCAAAGUUCGAUGUAAUGUUACAUGUAUAUAUAUGAUCCAAUGUUGUCAAUCCAUUCCUUGUUUAUUUCCAAGUGAAUAUGAUCUACUGAA